AUGGGAGACGACUACUCUGACGACACAAAACCGUCGCAACAGGGCGUGAAACGUCCGCAAGACGCCACCGACGGCCCAGCCAACAAGAAGGCGCACUUCGGACAAGAAGAGGAGGGAGGAGAUCAUCUCUCAAUCAAGAUUCUGAUUCCAUCGUCGGCAGUCGGUGCGAUUAUUGGAAAGGGUGGAGAGGCGAUGCGCAAUUUGAAGAAUGACAACAAUUGUCGAGUUCAGAUGAGCAAGAAUAGUGAGACUUAUCCAGGUACCUCCGAAAGAAUCUGCCUUGUAAAAGGACGCCUUAACAACAUCAUGGCUGUAAUCGAGUCAAUCCAGGAUAAAAUCCGCGAGAAAUGUGCCGAUCAAGCUGGCAACGACGCAUUCGACCAUAAGAACACAUCACGUGGAAAUGAGAUUAAGAUUGUGAUGCCCAAUACGUCGGCCGGUAUGGUCAUCGGCAAGUCUGGUGCCAAUAUCAAGGAUAUUCGAGAGCAAUUCGGAUGCCAGAUUCAAGUCUAUCCGAAGGCUGGAUCUGUGGAGGCGAAGACCUCAUUGGAGAGAGUUGUAACGGUGGCUCACGAGGAAUCCGCGGCUCUCCUUCAAGCGGCAUCCCGAGUCUUGGAAAAAGUCGCUUCGGACCCACACCAUUCCUCGGAAAUCAAUAAAGAAGACUUUGGAAAGGCUUCUGGACCAAACGGCGCAUCCAACACAGGCGGUCCCACCGGAAAUCAAUCCCAAAAUGCGCCAUUCCAACAAGCGCCAGCUUUCAACGGUGGUGGCGGAGGCGGUGGAAUGAAUGUGGGAGCCGCUGGAUUCGGUGGUGGACAAGGCGGUGGAUAUGGUGGUGGAGGACAGGGACAGUUUGGAGGAGGUGGUGGUGGAGGACCACAGUUCGGAAAUGGAAAUCCGAAUCAAAAGUAUCCGAUGAAUGGAUUGGGGAAUAAUGAGUUACUCUCAUUCCUCGACAAUCUGCAAUCAACGCUCCGCACAUCGGGAUUCAACGAGCAGAGUGUGUCGGAAGUGAUGCAGGCCAUGCAGGUUCUCGCCAAAUACAACAUCAUGGGCCUAGGCCUCGGACUCGGCGUCGCCGCGAUGGCCCAAAUGCGUACCGGACAGGAAUCCCAGAUGACGGCGAAUCACGGAUCGGCUGGUUUCGGUGAUGGAUACGGUGGCGGUGUGCAGGGUGGUGGACAAGGCGGUGGUGGACAAGGAGGUCAGGGAGGACCACAAGGAGAUCAGGUUAGACGACUACUUGAUAUGAUGGAACCGAAUGGAAGAGGAGGAGAUAAUGAUUUUCGAGAGAAGAGACAAGCGGUCAGACGGCGGAGAUAUUGA